AUGACCGCACGACGAAUUCAUACCACCGGAGAAGUGGCAGUUCGAGCAAGCAGCAUUCAACUGCCAGCUCGUUCCCAAACAGAAACGUCCGGUGCGCUCAAGCAACUGGGGCUUGGCAGACACUUAGACAUAGAAGAAGACGAGCGCGAGUUUGAUGUCAUUUUUCCUCCCAGAAAACGUACGCAGAAGGAGCAAGAUAAAGAAGACGAAGAGGCUCGUAGGCGGGCCAUGAGAAACCUCGUGAACUCGUGGCAGGAGCGACUGCAGCUCAUCAGUACGACAUUCUUUGCAUCCAUAGAAGCAGGGAUGUUAGUACCGGUGAACACUGACCCGAAUGCAGCCAACGCCUUCCCAGGUCUCCUCAAAACUGCGAAUGCAGGAUUUUUGGGUGCAUUGAUCAUGCACGUUUACGCAGCUGUCCUAUCAUUCCUUGCAGCCUUCCUUUUGAUCCGAUAUAAACUGAAAGAAGCCUCAAACGAGGAGUUAUUCGCAGAAGGCAGAGCCGAGGGAUUUCAGAUUACGGCAUCUCCAGUGAAUGGUACAUUCCACGUCGAAGACGUCGAGAGAGAUGCCCAGACCCGGACAUUCAACCCGGAGAACCCGCCACAGAAAGGCAUGCCAGAGGACACAGACACCAAAUACGACCCCCGAGCGCUGCCGCGGAUGGGAUCAACACCUGCGGAACCUCCUAUAUUUGCCAGGGACCCACAUCUGGAGCAGGUUGGCUUUUGGAAUCUUACGAUUUCAUCGCAUCUGCUGAGCCGCGUGCACGCCCUGUGCAUUCUCUUCGCUGGGAUUGGGUUUGCACUCGCAAUCAUGGGUAUCCUGACUUACGCGUGGGCGCUGCAAUCAAAGGAAGUCAGCAUUUUUGUGACUGUGUGCUUCGGGGCCGCUGUCCUUGCGAUGGGGGUGCUUUUGCUACCUGAUCCCUAG